AUGGAUUUUCUGAAAUAUUUCGGUGUCAUUUUCAUAUUAAGUGUCAACAUUGCAUUACAUUCUUGUGUUACUGAUAACUUCGAUGAUAUUUUAAACCCGACUUCGUCAACACAUGCUGUAAGAUCGGCAAAGGAUAAAGGAUCCACGUUUGCCGAGCCAGAUGAUAAAUGGUUAGUCAACGCCUUGCAAGACAUUGCUUACUAUCUGCGCAAUCAUAAAUUCAACGAAUGGGAUCGAAGAUUUUACUUAGAUAAACCAAGUACAAUUCCCAUUGGAUUUUAUCAUGCUUUUCCUGAACCAAGUUUACAGGCUCUUCAUUGGAGAGUUCAUCAAAACUGCUACAAGAAUUUUUAUGAAUGCGUGAAAUAUUUAUUCAGUGUGAUAGAGACUUCACCGUUUACGAGAACUGACGACAUAAUUACGACGUUAAAUAAAAAGGAAAUAACGAAUGAAACAUCGAUUAAAGAAUUGGAUGAAAAUUGUAAAAAUGCUUUGUUGUACACAGAGAAAAGUGGUCUUCCGUUUGAUACAGCGAUUGAAAAAUUCCAAUGGCGUACGUCGGCAUCUUAUUACAUGUGUUGGUAUACAAUGUUAGGAAUGCCUGCAUUAUCUAUGCUAGGAGAAACUUGUGACAAUUUCGCGAAUUGUUUGGACUCGACAUAUGGGAAUAGAAAUCGUGAUCCUCGUUCUGAUGAUAAAUUUUCUUUCGCUUGUGCUAUGUACAGCUUUUGUCCUGACCCGUGUUGUCCAUUAAAGCAUGUCACUAAUGUGUCCCAGUGCUUUGAUAGUGAAAGCAAUCCUUGUUAUAUUGAGAAUGCUAAAAGUACAGAUCCCAAACAUCGAGAAUGUAGGUUUGAUCGCAAAGACAACCAGAAUUUCGAUGACAUCGUUGAAAAUAAGUGGAAUGUUUCUUGUUAUUGCAAAGACACAGGGUUUGAAUGGAAAUCUCAGUUUGGAAUGUGUGUAGACACUAACGAAUGUGUAACUGACCAACACAAUUGUGAUAACGUUACUGAAAAUUGUAUUAAUCUGCCUGGAACAUUUCAAUGUAUUUGCAAAUGGGGUUAUGCAUUUGAUAGUCAUGAAAAUAAAUGUAAACCAAAAAAUGUAUUAUAUACUACAAAAUCAGAAAAGAAUGUCAGUGAUGAAGGUUUUUUUGAUAAUCUUGUUUGUUUUUUGGAAUAUAUCGGAUUUUGA